GCUAUAGAUUGACAUUGAAAAACUUGCACAAAAGAUUCUGUCACGAGAAAUUUUGGGGUCAGGUCAGACAGAAAUGGCGAACGUGAAGCCAACAUUAAUUCAAUCAUAUCCAUGAUCGGCGGUGACGGUCCACACAGUUAUCUUCGUAAUUCUACUUACCAAAAAGCUGCAAUUGAGAGUGUAAGAGCAAAGACAAAAGAAGCUAUUUUAGCAAAACUCAAUCUUCAAACACCGAAAUUUGAUCUAAAUCUCUACAAAAUCGCGGAUUUCGGUUGUUCUGUUGGAUCCAAUACAUUUGAUGCCGUUCAAAACAUUGUAGAAACCGUAAAACUCAAACACCAACGAGAAAAAUCCAAAGGAAAGAAUCAGACACACCUCGAGUUCCAAAUUUUCUUCAACGAUCAAUCCAACAACGACUUCAAUACUCUCUUCAAAACCCUACCUCCGUAUUACCUUGACCAUCAAAUCUUUGCAUGCGGUGUUCCUGGUUCCUUCUACCGACGAUUAUUCCCGAAAAAAAGCCUUCACAUCGGGCACGCUUCUAACGCACUCGUUUGGCUCUCAACAACUCCAAAAGAUAUUUGUAACCGAAACACACAAGCUUGGAACAAAAACAACAUCCUCUGUACUAAUUUAGUUGACGAAGUGGAAAAGGCAUACAAGAAACAAUUCAAGAAGGAUAUGGGAGCUUUCAUUGAAGCUAGAGCUCAAGAGCUUCUCCCGGGAGGACUGAUGAUUAUCUUGGGACUAUGUUUGCCCGAUGGCGUACAGAUGAUCCGUACAUGGAAAGGUGUUUUCUAUGAUAUGAUCGGAGAUUGUCUGAUCGAUAUGGCCGAAUCGGGAAUAAUAAAAGAGGAAAAGCUCGAAUCAUUCAACUUGCCAUUGUACUUUCCACGAUUCAGCGAAUUGAAGGAAGUGAUAGAGCUAAAUGGGUGCUUUAGCGUUGAGAUUAUGGAAGAAGUGAAGCAUCCGAUGGAGGAUAUGCCAUUGAGCGACGGCUUCAUCGCUUCCAUGCAUCGAGCCGCCAUCCAUGGAGUCAUAGAAGAACAUUUCGGGGGCGGUAUCAUUGAUGAGCUAUUUGAUCGGUUUUCUAAGAAAUCGACAAGAGAUCACUCUAUUUAUUCCAAAGCGAGCCAGAAGGAUAUGCAAUACUUUAUCUUGCUUAAGAGAAAGAUCGAUCGAUUAUGAUUAUGUAACGCUAAGGUGGUUUCCAUUGCUGUAAUACAAUGAUCAAACAUAUAACCAAACAAAAUGCAAGAACAAUGUAUUUUUUUCCCUUUUAGUUUAUAAUAGGGAAAAUCGUCAAAAAAAUCAUAUACUCUUUCCAGAUUUAUAAAAAAACUCUGUACUUUUUUCAUCA